AUGAGUCGAAUUCGCCUUCUUGAGAGGAUUUUUCGUUUUUUGCUCGCCAUUGUGUUGGCAGGUGUCCUUCUCGAGCCGAUUUCGUCUUCCGCAUCUCCGGGUAACUCCUCGAACAGCGACGUGCCGACUUGCGACAAGGCACAGACGCCGCUGGGGCAGCUCAGAGCACAGCUUGAUUUGACCCUCAGUUCCGAUUCCGACAGCGUUUCGUUCAAGUGUAGUUCGACUCAGGAAGCAACGCGCGAACCAAGCAACGGGAACGUCUAUACCGAUGAGAGCUGCUCAGAGGCACACCCACUGACGGCGGUGUAUUCGAACGCCAACUUGUCGGAAUCGAACGAUGCAGACAAGAUCAAGUACACGCUGACUAUCCCAAAGGGUUCACGCGCGAUCGAAAAAGUGCUGUGCUACAAAUGUACCUUACCCAGUGCAGACCUUGAAGAUAAAAGUAUCGCCAACAAAAAUGAAGGCAAGGUGUGCAAGGUAAAAAUUACUGUGGAUGCUGUCGAACCAAUUAAGCCUGAACCCGAAUCCAGUGACGAACAAUCAACGGAAUUCAUCAAAUGUGCAGGCACUGACACAAUCAACGAAGCGACUGCGUCCUCAGAAUCUCCUCUCUCAUUCAAAUGUGGAACGGGAAUGUCCCUGCACCCGACAAAUUUGACACACGUGUUUGAUGACCAGGACGGGAAGUGCGCCGCUGAGGUUGCCCUGCAGACUCUCGUUGACGCCACAUUAACAAAAACCGAAACUAACCCACCACAGAACGAACAACCAGUCUACCAGCUUGUUGUGAAAACGGCGCCUUCUGGAGACACUGCCCUCUGCUACAAGUGCGUACCAUCAUCAUCCAGCAACGAAAAAGGCAACACCACCUCGGGGGAAGCCUCGACAGAGCAAGCGUGCCUUCUGAAAAUAUCCGUGAAGGGGAGCUCAACCCCCGCGUCUGCAAAGCGGGCAGGCGCACCUAGCGUAGUCGCUUUCUUUGUGGCAGCACAAAUGUUACUCGGCCUUGUUUACAUGUGGAUUUGA